AAAGACCGCCUAAGCGGUUCCUGUGACGCUGAUUAUCCCCUGAGGCCUGGUCUCGAUUGCCAUACGGGGGAAAAACAACGCCAGCCCUAUCGCAAGACCCCUGCUAUUUAUUCCUGUGACCAUAUUCCUUAUCUCUUGGGAGAUACCGGCCCGCGAUAAGUGUCAAGCUUGACUCUUGACAGUUUGAAUCACAGCUAGUAACGAGGUGCAAGGAGUCUGUGCCUCUGCGGCCCGUUAUUCAUAAGAACUUGACGGUCAGGGUUCAGGUGCAUCUUCCACGGUGAACGGUGUGCUCGAAUUGUCACCGCAAUCCAUCAGUUAAUUCGCUGAUAGUACGGAGGUCUGACUCUUUACUGUCUUCUUUGCCGAACGCAUUGCCCAACAUGGCGUUCGAGAAAGUCCGCCAAUAUUUGAACGUGCAGUACCAGCCAGGGGAGAAGAAGCUGGUUUCUAAGAUUGACUUCUUCAUCUUGACAUUUUGUUGCUUGAGUUAUCUGGUCAAUUACCUUGACCGUACCAAUCUGAACAAUGCAUACGUCUCCGGUAUGAAGGAGGAGUUGGGCUUUGUGGGGAACCAGCUCAACGAGAUCAACACAUGCUUCACUGUCGGCUACGUUAUCGGACAAAUCCCCUCCAACCUAUCCCUUCACUAUGUCAAGCCGCGCAUCUGGUUCCCCCUCAUGAUGAUCAUCUGGGGAGGCCUUACAAUGUGCACCGCCAGCGUCCACAGCCCGCAAUCCAUCAUGGCCAUCCGCUUCUUCCAAGGCAUCGCAGAGGCCUCUACCUUUGUCGGAACGCACUACAUCCUCGGCGCAUGGUACACGGAGCGCGAGCUCGGCAAGCGCAGCGGCAUCUUCACGGCCUCCGGUCUCGCGGGCACCUUCUUCGGCGGGUUCAUCCAGACCGGCAUCCACAGCAGCAUGAACGGUCUGCACGGCCUCUCCGGCUGGCGCUGGCUCUUCAUCAUUGACGGGCUGAUGACUGUGCCUGUCGCGAUCUACGGCUUUGUGUGCUUCCCCGAUACGCCUCACACCACGACAGCGUUCUACUUCACGGAGGAGGAGAAAGCUCUGGCGCGGUCCCGCGUGCCCGAGAUCCAGGAGCGUUCGCCGCUGACGUUCCGCUUCGCGAAGAAGGUGCUCACGUCGUGGUACUGGUGGGGCUUCGUCAUGCUCUGGAUCAUUGCCGGCGAGACAGAGUCCUUCAGCACAAAUUCCCUCUUGGGUCUGUACAUGAAGAGCCAUCCGACAAAUAAGUACACUGUCGCCCAGCUCAACAACUAUCCGACAGGUGUGCCCGCCGUCGGCAUCGUCUCGACGCUCUUCUGGGCGACCCUGACGGAUUUCCUGGGCGGAAAGCGGUACCUCGUCGCGUACUUCAUCGGCAUCACGGGCGUGGUGACAUCUGCGAUGGUUCUCGUUGCAGCUAGAGACCCCACGAGCGCGGGAUCGACGGCGGUGGUGUUCGGCGCGUAUUACUGGGCCGGAGCGGUGUAUGCGUGCCAGGCUACCUUUUUCGCAUGGUGUAAUGAUGCGAUGCGGUAUGAGGAGGGCAUCUUCCGCGGCGUCGUUCUCGCGGGUAUGAAUCUGGGUAGUAAUGCCGUCAACGCGUGGUGGAGCAUCAUCUUUUACGGCGCUUCGAUGGCACCGUGGUUUACCAGGGGUAUGUGGGCCAUGAUCGCCAGCUCCAUUGCCUUGAUUAUCUGGACCAGCGGGCUCACCCUGCUUACGCAUAAGGAGGAGAAGCGACAUGUGCUUAAUGCUGAGGCGGGGGAGACUGGGUCCAUCACGAAGGGACCUGUUGCGAAGGAUGACGAUGAGCAGGUUUGAGAGUCCUCAACCGUGCGAGAAAAAACCGCGGUACUGUAGCUUCUAGCUACAGAAGAUAACAUUGCAGUAAAGCUAAAGUGUUCCUGGCCUGAG